UUCUCACCGCCUGUGUUUGCGUGGCGGAACGCAACCGUGUUAAGAGAUUAUAGCAGUCACACUGCCCGCGUGAGACCCACCUCUCAGCUGCGGCUGCAGCAAAGCUUCACUGGAGAGUCUAGGUCUUGUCUAUUUUUACCGCGAGCGUCUCCCAGCAAACACAAGGCAGCUAUCAUGGAGGACGGUAGUCCAAAAAUAAUACAAUUUGGAUUCAGGGAUUACGUUUACAGUAGUAAGAAGGCAGCGACAUACAAGGUAUGCUCAAAAGAAAAUUAUGACACGACCACCCCAACGUCCCACUUCAUCCGUCACUACAAAACCUACAAAGAAAGACCUGAUCUUUCUGCAGAUCGGCCCAUUCCAGCCAAGCCCCGGCAUGUUGUUGGCGACUGCUACCGACAGGAAUACUGUAGUUGAGAAAGCAACAAAGAAGACAAGAGAAGAAAGUGAAGCAAAGGAUGGUGAAAGUAGUCAACAUGACCCCAGUGGACCAGCUGGACCAGUAGUGAACUUGAUUCAGCUGGAAGAGCUUACACCAAUACACUCCUAUCUGCAGUACUGUGAUUUGGAUAUGAAUGGGAAGGUGAAUACUGCUGCUGAGAAGAUCACUCACUCCAAAACUGCCAAUAUGGUGUCACACCUGUCUCCCGAAGCCGAGCCUUACACCCGGACGUCUCGUACUCCCAGAAAGGGAGCUACGUUUGGGAAGCGCUCAAAUUCUAUGCGCAGGAAUCCCAAAGCAGAGGUGACCAAACAGGGAUGGCUGUACAAGCAGGCCAGCAGUGGAGUAAAGCAGUGGAACAAAAGGUGGUUUGUCCUCACUGACAGAUGUCUGUUCUACUACAAAGCACACAAACACACUCAGUCAGCGGCAGACGCAGUGUCGGUGCAGAGCCAUGUUCGGGAAAUAAGAGAUGAUAAGGAGGACACGGUGUUAGGAAGUUUGCCUCUGCUCAGUUUCCAAAUUGGAGGAGUUGAGCCUUCUGAUAACAUCACCCGCAAGUUUGCCUUUAAGGUGCGGUUGGAUAAGGAGGAGGAGGAGGGUGAGGACGGGGAGUUGAAAGCUCCUGUUGUGUUUUGCAUGCAGGCGGAGCACGCUGGGACCAGGACAUACUACUUUAGCACAGACAGCCAUGAGGAGCAGGAAGAGUGGAUCAGAGCCAUGAGCGAGGCUUCAGAGGUCAACAUUCAGCUAAGACAAAGAAAUAACUCGGACACGAAAGCUGAUCUCAACCAUACUAUGGUGACCAAGGCACCCGACCCACAAGCACAAGAGCAUCCACACACACAAACACACAAUGAAACUGACAGUGACCAGCCCCCCUACCCUAAGAUAAAUGGUGUUGACGGCUUUGAGACACCCCCACCCUCCACACCCCUCUCAAAUCAGGAGGGGAAAAAGAAUGAAGGAAGGCAUGGAGGUGGAAGAGAAGGUGAUGAUGAAAGGGGAGGAUCUGGUCCAGACUACACCCCUCACUCAGAUUACCAUCCAAAUGGUUGCAGCAACUAUGGCCCUCGCAAAAUGCUACACAAUAGCAAACCCCCUCCAUCCAGGAGUCACAGUGGGCAUCGCACCCCUCAGGAACACCAGGAGGAGAGUGGGGGCCCGUCGCAUGUCCCCCAGGAGCAGCAGGAGAAUGUGGUGCUGAGGAGGGGUUUUGUGCCCAGGACAGCUCCAGAGAGGGUGGCCCAGAGGAAGAGCUCAAUGGCCCAGCUGCAGCAGUGGGUCAACCAGCGGCGGGGCAUGGCAUCCCAAGAGGAUAUCAACAGCCCAUCUCAUUACUACCAAGUGAGCCGUGGGGUCUCUGCUGACUACUAUGGCUACCCUGGUGGCCCCCAGUAUGUGGAGGAGUACCCUCUGUACACAUCAGGGGUCCGACCUGACAGCAUAUGCUCUGUCUCUGCUUUCGGUGGAUACGACCGACGAUGGACUAUUGAGGAUAAGCGCCACUCACUAAGGGACGGACAUCAGAUGUAUGGACCCCCAGUGCCCAGGGACCAAUGGGGGCAACAGUAUUAUGGGGGAAUGGAAACAUCCAUGAGGCGUCUGUCCAUCCAGCCACGCUCCAGGUCUGUGCCUAGGUCACCAUCCUCGUCAUCGGGGGGGCCCUACUCACCAGUGCCACACAACUUUGCCUCGCCGGCUCGAUCACCAUCUGCCCGCUUUGACCGGUUUACAGGGAGGAUGAGGGAUGACGUGAUAUAUGCUGAUCCAUCUGUCUACAGCCUGAGGAGAUCCCUCAGUUCACCGAAGUAUGACUACCCUGGUGAUAGGAGGUCCUUAAGCCAAGGAUUAUACCACUGCAACUACCCUGAAUCCCCCUACAUCCACAAUAAAAUGGAGGACAUAUUAGACCUUCAACUGCAGCGCAAUCUGGAUUACUUAGACCAUCAGGUGCUUCCUUUCCAUGAUGUAUACAGCAGAGAAUUACAUCCCACACUGAAGCUCAAUGAAAUUGAAACCAGUGUAAGGAAAGGAAAAACACACUCUUACACCCAGAAGAUUAUCAUGUUUUUCAAAUACACUGCAUGGCCAAAGAAACUCUUAGGUCGACUGUGUGAGCAGAACCGAAUUUUGAAAGACCACGAGGCUGUUGUCCACAGACUGAGAAUGGACAAGGACAGCCUAGAGGAUGCUCUAGUGGAAACUCAUCAGGAGAUGGAGCUGUACCAUAACCAGCCAUUGGCCAUGGAAAAGCUGCGGUUCAAAAAGGAAACCCUGCAGAACCAGCUCAUCAACAUUAGAGGAGAGCUUUCCCAGGCCUCCAGUGCUUUAACCACCACUCGUAUGGAGUUUGAAGCAUUAGAGGAUGAGGCCAGUGCCAUUCAUGGAGACCUAUGGGAGCAGCUUAAUGCAGGAGGGCAGAGUGAACUGGUUCGUAGGCACAUCCAGAAAGAGUUUUGGAGAGUACAGGAUGUAUUAGAGGGACUGCACAAGAAUCACUCCUCCAGAGGCACUGACACAGCCAAGCACAGAGUGACCAGCGGUGCAUCAGGCUCCUUUAGCACCAAUAGUCCAGCCAGUCCCCUGAGCUCAGUAAGCCUCACCAGCCCACUCAGCCCCUUCUCCCCAGUGCCUGGCUCCCAGGCCUCCCCCACCAAACAGCUGGGCCCGGAGUUCUUUGUCUUGCAGCCAAGGUUUGGAGAAGAGAACAAUAUCAGUGAUGUCCAGGACCAGGUCCAGGACAGACAAUCCACCAUGAAUAAAGUUGGCAUUGUUCCUCCUAGAACGAAGUCUCCCACUGAUGAAUCCCACAGCAGCUCUGCUGGAGUUUCCCGGUAUAACGGCAGAGUGCCUAAUGGUAUCUCUAGGGAACGUCCAAAGAGCGCUGUGUUUACUGCAGAGGUGAAGUUGAAGAUGAGCGUGGAGGAGCAGAAUGAGCGACUUCGCCGCAAUCAGAGCAGCUCUGUGAGGGAGAAGAGACGUAGUCUAAACCUCUCAGGUGGCCAGUCUCCAGCCAACUACAAAGUGAUCCGUAGGCGACUGACAGCUCAUGAGAUUGACAUCAAAGACUUGGAGGCAGCGGUUCGGGGCCAGGGGCAGGAGUCACCUCGGGAAGAGAUUGCACGCCUGAGACGGUUACAGGUUGAACCAGAACACUUUGACCUGGACAUGAGCAAAGAGCUGAUGGCUCCUGACAAGGUUCUGAUCCCAGAGCGCUACCUGGAUGUGGAGGAUAACACUCCUCUGAGCCCCGAGGAACAGAAGGAGAAGCAGAAGAAACUGGAGAGGAUCAAAACCCUCAUUGCCAAAUCAAAUUUGCAGAACAUGGUUCCUCUCCUGGAUGGCCCAGUGGAGGGCGGAGCCCCAGUCAGUUCCCAGCAGCAGCUGCAGGAGCAGGAGAAGCGUAUUGAGAUCUCCUGUGCUCUGGCUGCUGAGGCUUCUCGUCGCAGCCGCCUUCUCUCCGCCCAGUGUGCCCCCAGUCCCUCCACCUCCCCAACCAGCCUGGCACCUCCCCCUUCCUCUGCUGGCUUUCCCAACUCUGCCCACAUCAUGAAGGUCUGAGUCACACAAGCUCAAGCCCUGGCUGCUGUCAAAUUUGAUGGAGCAUCUUUCUGAGGUAUCAGUGAAAUGAACAAUGAAAAUGGCCCCAGAAAAAUUACUUUUAUUUAAUUUAGCAGUUAACAACAACAUGACAAAAGCGAAGGAGGUCCUAAGAGGAAAGGGCAAAUUUAAAACCUGAAUAGAAGCUAUAAAGACUUGUAAGGUUACCCUCCCAAACUCCAGUUCAUCCAACUUUUACCAGCUUCAAAUUGUGUAAUAUAUCUAUAUAAUUUAGCUCAGGACGUAUCUACUAAGAGAUAGAGAUUACUGAUUAACUAUGUUGAUGGUGAGAUUGAGGUUCGAUGUGAAUUCACACAGUAACACUGCAUAUGAGAGGCCAAUGCUGAAGAUGAACAAGAAAAAAACAGCAGCAGAGAUGAAUCCAGAGAAGGAGUUUGGGUUUUGCCACAUGAACGUCACUGAGGUUAACGAGUUGACAAGACUCUCGCUAAAACCUACAGAAAGCCUUUGAACAUGCUUCUGGACAAUAAAAAGCCAAAUGAAGAUGUUCUUAGAUCUCCAUAUCAACCCUGAAAAAACACCAAUGGCUUGUGGCCCAGUGAGGAAUGGGGCUUAGUGACAGUCUGACUGUAUUUGCCCACACUGAGACAACUGUCAAGACUGAAGCCGCCAUACUUUGUAAAAAGCGGAGUACUCUUCUGAACUCACUGUGAUGCCUGUUUUCCAUCAUCAUUGGUAUAAAAGUAAUGUCACCUGGAUUAUGUUUUGCUUCAGUACAUCACCUAUUUCUGACACCUAACACGCAAGAGCACAGAGCUUGUUGUGACACAGAGCUGAAGAUGAAAAGAUGAAAUCAUGACCCAUCUUAAAAACCUGCAUAAGACCACAUCUUGUCCUACCUCAAAAACACAAUAUUAAUUUACUAACCUGUGUUGGUAGGAGGAUACCAAGAGGACCCCCUCUCAUAUUUUCUGUGAUGGUUUUACUCACUUACUUGUAGGAGCGUAAAGUCCCUGAUAUAAUAAAAAUGGAUGCACAUACUAGACUGUGUAAGAAGGAAAUAAAAAACACAGCAGGCCAGGACACAAUCUUUUGCCCCAGAUGUUAAGAAGCAUCUGUCUGAGGCAAUAAUGAAGCUUAAAAGGAGAGACAGAAAUAGCUUAAGGUUGAAUAGACCAGAAGCUUUUUUGUAGUGGAAUACUAUUUUUCAAUUCAGUAUUCCUUCAACAUACGGUCAUGGCAAACUGCAGUUAGGAUAUCAGCAAAGGAUUUCUCUAAUCUUUAUGGUGGUCAUCUGGUGGUUAGACAAGUUAGCACAGAGUACUUGUAGGAAAUUUGACGAAUACCUGGGACUCUUGUUGAAGACAUACACUUAUGGGAUAUUGGAACUGUUUGGUCUCUGCAAAUAUUUUUAUGAGGAGUAUGGUCUAGAACUACUCUAUUUGAAAAGUGUCCUGAGAUAACUUCUGUAAUGAUUUGCCGCUAUACAAAUAAAUUAAAUUAAUAAAUUGAACCGAAUUGGAUAUAGCCAUCCUACACCUCGGCCUCCACACCAUCACUGUGCACUGCUCUAUAUGAACCUUACACUUCUGAACUGUUUUGGCACAGAAUGUUUGCACUCAGUGUAAAUCUCUUAUCCAGAACAGAUGCAUAUGAAUGUAAUUCAUAUGAGACAGAGUUGCAUCAAACAGCAACACAGUCACCUCACCACCAACCACUGUGUGCAGCUCCUGCAUUUUCCUGAAAUUCUUACAGUGAUUGUCUACAUGUAUGUACAGUAGGUAUGUUGGAUAUGCGUUUAGAAAUGUUACACUGUAUGUUGAAAGUAAAAUAGAAGUGACCUUAGAAGUGUAACACUGCUAGAAAAACACUUGUCUGUGUAAAGAGGAGUUAGCUAAUGAUGCAGUUAUAUGAGAGGAAUUAUAUACGGGAAAUUACUGUCAUGUAACAUAUCCCAACAACAUUUCAUCUAAUCAUGCAGUGCCAUAAGUCUGAAACAUGUCUGUGUGUUUUAUAUGCUGUGAUGAAUGGACAUAAGUGACAUGACCUAAAAAAAAAAAAAUUUGUUUAAAUCUGGAGGAAAUGCAAUGACUGAUGGCACCAAUGGGGAUUGCUAAGGUUAGACAUUAUCAAAAUGUGCUGUGUAAAGUGGAACUCCAAAGUGAAAUAUAUAUAAAUUAAAAGAGGUUAAAUAAUUCAAUAAUAUGUUUUGAAAUAAAUGUAAUAUAUGAAUAAAGUAAAUAAUACAUUAGUUAAUUACAGUACAUUUCAUUUUAAAACAUUCUACUUUAAGGCAUUAAUUAAAUAGAAAGGGUAUGCAGGUAGAUGUGGAGUUUUUGACUACAUCUGCUGGUAUUUUGGAGCCCUGAUUAUACUUUAGUAUUGUCUAUACUAUCUAUAAUGAUACACUAAACAAUUCUAGCUUCAAAUGUUACACAUACUUAUCAUCAUGGUCCGUAUUAUUAAAAAAAAAGUCACUAGAAUCUUAGGAUGUGUCCAAACUUCUUGUUGUCACAGGAUUAAAAACACAAUCUUUAGGGAUCUCUCUAGUUUAGGCCAUGCCUCUUCAUUACAACUUCCUCCAGAUUUGAAUGCUGUGACCAUACACACCUCCCCUUUGUUAUGUAUGUGUUAUGUAUGCUUACACACUUUGAUGUUCAAGUGACCUGUCUUUGUAGUAACACCAUACUCAGAUUCAGAGAAUAUUUUACAGAAAAUUGAAUUUUAUGUGGAAAGCAGUUAAUGGAUCUCACUACGCAAAAACAAAACAAGGAUUUAAGAGAAUACUUCUAUUUUUUCUUGUUUUAAGUUAUAUUAAGAAAGGGAAUAAGUUCAAAAGAGGGAGUACAUAUUUUUUUAGAUGCAUUGAUACUUGAUGACAGGUUAAAUUUUUACACUCAAUUGCGUUUAGCAUUUUUCACAAGAAAGACUUUGUUUUUAUUUUAUUGCUCUUGAGGAUUGUUUGAAGGAGCGGAACAUAGAUAUUUUUAGAUUAAUUGGAAUCUAUUGACAUGACAGCCAAAAGGUGGUGUCCAAUAUUUGAUACUAGAUGUAGCAUUUGUGGAUGAUAAAAAUAAAGAAUAUAUACAUUAUAUACAUUGGUCAAUGUAUUUAAUAUUUUGGACUUCAGUUACAGUAUAUCCUAUAGUACAUGUAACCAUUGCUACUUUGAGAAAAAAAUAGACAAAUUGCUUGAACUAUGCAAAUGUUAAAAAAGAGACAAAUAAUACGCUUGCUUUCAGAAAAUCUUGCAAUAAAGUGAAUGUAUACAAAUAUGUGUUUCUCUAGAUGCUUCUGAAUUCAUCACAGUAUUUUGUAUGAUAAAAUAUGUCUGGCUGCCUGGAAUGAUGAUACUGCUGUUAUUUUAAUCCACUCGUUGAUGAUGAAGUUCACUGCCAAACGGACUCCUGAGAUUAACUGCCCAGUCCGGUCAUUACUAAUAGGCUCGCUGAUGAUAUUCUACAGGCUUUGUUAUAUCAAACUGUAUGUCUGAAUAAAAAAGUACAAAAACAAA